AUGUCAUUCAACGUUGAGAAAGAGAGAUCCCAAACUGAUUGUAUUCAAACAGAGGAAUCCUCAGAUCAAGCUCGAUUAAACUUGGAAACAACCCAAACCAAAUCCAUUCCGGCAUAUGAACCAAAGCAAGAAACUGAUCAAAAUGUCUUAAACUUGGUGCAAAAGCUAUGCAGUAAUACUGUUUUAGAUAACAAUUAUCUUUCGGUCAGAAUAGGUAAUGAUAAAAAGACAGUUAAUCAAGACUGCGUACUACCAUUUAUAAUUUAUAUGAGUUUUGCGAAAAACCCAGCGCAGUUGUUUUGA